AUGACAAAAGCGACCCUUUCAUCCAUGCUCUCGAGCGCUCUAGCUUCUAUAACUCUAAACACGGGACAAGGGAGUGCAACUCAACUGAGCCAGCAGAAGGCAGAACGCCCCUCACAGAUCAAAUUUGUGCGAGCAGCACAGAUGAGCCUUUUUGCAGAUAUUACCAGCUGGCCGCCCUUGGGCCAGGUUACAUGUCUGAAAAGGAGUGGAGAUCAAGAUAAGCUCCUCUUUACCGUCCAACUCAAGUCAAGCCGCUCGUUUCCUGAGCAGACCUGGGAGGUUUCCAUCUGGCAUAAUGUUAACAAUAACGAUUCAUGGGAAGCACUUCCCUUGCAAAAGAGUUCGACGUCACAAACUAUUCCCAUGGCAAUGGGCCCUGGACCAGGGCCAAACUAUCACACCUACACAUUUUCCCAGGAACUUGACUUCCCGAAACAGGGUAAGCAUGCCGCUUUUACUAUUAGAUAUAGAAUCGAUGCAGAGUCUUCGUGGACAUGGGUGAAGGAUCAAUUUGGGACGAAAGAUGGCGAAUUGGUUUUUGAACCUUUCAGCUCUCAACUUCGCAAGAGCCUUGAGCCCGUGGUCCAGGAGUCAAAGUUGACUGAAUAUUUGGAUCAUAUUAAUCCGAAGCUCGAGAUUGAGACACGCUCUAGCGAGUCCCCCGGGGCACUUUUGUGGAGCGUGACAGGCACUAUCCUAUCCGCGAUUGAUAACCAGAGCACUCACGAGAAAAUAAAUUUCGCACUCCCGAAGGAUUUCGUCAGAUAUUUUGCUCUUGUCCGUAUAUGGGAACCUUGGAUUGCACCACGACACGGCAUGAAUAACCUGGCUUUGACAGAGGACGCUAUUUUUCUGUCAUUUUUGCGCAAAGAUGGAACGCACCUCGUUCUCCUUGCUAUCAGUGGGGUGGAUAACGUCAUGACUCUAUUUAAUUCCGGAGACAAAGGCCAGAUUGUGGCGGUUGUGAGGAAUGACAGUUUCCACAACUCCAACUUUCAGGUUCUAGUUGCGGUGGCACCUUCUUUCGAGGUCGCGAAAAGCGCUGUAAUGUAUGAGUCCCGAAAAGUCGUGAGACAGAUUUCUGGAACUAGGUCCGCAACUUCAACUACGCCGCAGGAGCUGAAUGAGCCGAAAUCACCGUUGGAUAGUGAUAUUGUUCUCGUGGAGGAUGACCCUCAGGUUCAAUGGAUGUCUGAUUGGUAUGACGGCUUAGCUUAUUGUACUUGGAAUGCUCUAGGACAGGACUUGACAGAGGAAAAAAUAUUAAAAGCCCUCGAUAUUCUAAAAGCAAAUGGCAUCAAUAUUGUCAACCUCAUCAUAGAUGAUAAUUGGCAGGCAUUGGACAGAAAGGGCGAGGUUCAGUUUAAACGUGGCUGGAUGGAAUUCGAAGCGAAUAAGGAAGGGUUCCCAAAUGGGUUGAAGCAUACAACCAGUAAAAUACGCCAAAAGCACACACAUAUCCAGCAUAUUGCCGUUUGGCAUGCCCUUCUCGGAUAUUGGGGUGGUAUCUCACCUGACGGUCAGAUAGCAAAAACGUAUAAAACAAAGAUCGUCAAAAAGGUUGAUGGCGUUGCCGGUGGGAUUGACUCCGUCAAAACCGAUGCGCAAUUUUUCCUCGACAUGCUGCAGGAUCCCACCGACCGAAUCCGAUUUACGACGGCGUAUCAAGAUGCGUGGUCCAUUGCGUCGCUGCGUUAUUUCCAAGCCAAAGCAAUCAGCUGCAUGUCGCAAGCGCCACAGAUCAUUUUUCAUUCCCAGAUACCGACAAACAAGCCACGGAUUCUCCUAAGGAACUCUGACGAUUUCUUUCCCGAUGUCUCCACGUCCCACCCGUGGCACGUUUUCUGUAAUGCACAUAACGCCCUCUUUACACGGCAUCUUAACGUGAUCCCUGAUUGGGACAUGUUCCAGACCAGCCACCCGUAUGCAUCCUUCCACGCAGCAGCUAGAUGUGUUUCUGGCGGUCCCAUAUACAUCACCGAUGUGCCGGGUGAACACGAUAUCAACCUUAUCAAUCAGAUGACAGCUCCGACAACCGAAGGCAACACUAUUAUUCUUCGGACUAGUGUUCUAGGAACCUCAAUUGACGUAUACCACAAUUACAACGAAGGCCAGAUGCUCAGGGUAGGAUGUUACACAGGCUGGGCAAAAACUGGAAGUGGUAUCCUAGGCCUCUUCAACAUCGGCGCUGGAAAAACCACCUCACUAAUCUCCAUCCUAGAUUUCCCAGGCAUUUCUCCUGGUAGCAAUGACAAGUAUGUGAUACGCGCACAUUCUUCUGGCGCCAUCUCGCCAAUAAUGAAACCUUCAGACCAAGCCUCACUGGUUUCCGUAUCUCUGGAAACAAAAGGCUGGGAAAUUUUAACCAUGUUCCCUGUCAGGACAUUUAAAAUGCCAAAUAGACAAACAAGUAGCAGAGGUGCCACGAUAAACACAGAUGUCGCUAUUCUAGGCCUCUUGGGCAAAAUGACUGGAGUUGCUGCUAUUGUAACUUCAGAUAUUUUCCUUAUCGCUAAUAGCAGGCUCAAAUUUAACAUUAAUUUGAAGGCAUUGGGAACAUUGGGUAUAUAUAUAUCUGAUUCUACCUGUCGCACUGUGGAGGGAAACUUCCUGGUGUUGCUCCACGGGCAGGUGGUCCCCAUGCACACUGUUCAGCUGAAGGCUGCGGAAGAUGGGACUGGGAAGACAGUGCUUGCUAUUGAUGUUGAGACCGCGUGGAAGGAGUUGGGUUUAGUUAGCGGUUGGAGCAAUGAAGUAUUUGUUCAGAUUUUUAUGAGUUGA